AUGCGUUCUCAAGCUCUUUUGAUGAUGCUGGCCGCGGCCGGCUCCGUCGUCUCGGCCCUCACCGUCCCUCCCCAGGGCGCCGAGUUGGCUCAGCGAUCUGGCGCUGCUGACUCUAUGAGCGGAGUCCAAACUCUUGACACCCGCGAGCCCCACCACCGCGGCGCCAAGAACCAGGGCAACCGCAACAACAAGCGCCACCAUCGCGGUGCCAAGAACCAGGGUAACGGUAACAACAGGCGCGAGGAGGCUGCCGUCGAGGCCCGCGAUCCCCAUCACCGCGGAGCCAAGAACCAAGGCAAUGGAAACAACAGGCGCGACGAGUCCCUCGCUGAGGAAGAGGAGGAGGAGGAGGAGGAUGACUGCACUGAUGAGGAGGACGACGCCGUCGUUGAGAAGCGUGACCCCCACCACCGCGGUGCCAAGAACCAGGGCAACGGGAACAACAGGCGCGAGGUCGAGUCCGCCGUGGAGGCCCGUGACCCCCACCACCGCGGUGCCAAGAACCAGGGCAACGGGAACAACAGGCGCGAGGUCGAGUCCGCCGUGGAGGCCCGUGACCCCCAUCACCGCGGCGCCAAGAACCAGGGGAACCGCAACAACAAGCGCGACGUAGAGGAUGAGGAGGUCGACGAUGAGGAAGAGGAGGAAGACGAGGAUAAGGAGGAAGACGACUUCGAGGACCAGGCUCUCGAAGCCCGCGCUCCCCAUCACCGCGGCGCCAAGAACCAGGGCAACGGCAAUAACAGGCGCGAGGUCGAGGCUCGCCACCACCGCGGUGCCAAGAACCAAGGAAACGGAAACUAA